CUCAGCUCUGCCCUUGUUUCCACAGAAAUCUGUUCUUCCUGAUCCCCGCGACGCCAUCAUUCCUAGCCGGGAGUGCCUAGCUAAGCGUCCCCCGCAGGGGGAGCAUUGGGCGCGUCCAUCGCGGGUUCCCGAGUACGUCCGUCUGUCCCGGUUCCGACCUCUCCCCAAGGUCCUCCAUCCCCAGAAGCCACCGCCGCCGCCGUUGAAGACGUUUCACUCCUGUCUUCCUGAUUUUUCCCGUCGCGCUCUGUGACGCCUCCACGCCGCGCCGGUAUUGCCCCGUGUUCUUGAAUCCCGCAGUCGCGCCAGUAACGCCAUCACUCCUCGACGGAAGUCCCGGGCCCAGUGUCAGCGGCGGGCGUUUUGAAGCCGGGGAAGCGUGAGUCCAUUCGUCCUGGUGCGGACCCCGCGUUCGCCAUGGCGCCCCGGAAGCCGCCGCCGUCGCCUCUCCGGCCUUGCCUGCAGAUGAAGGUUGACGAGCUCUUCCUGCGCUGGCUCAGCGAUCCGGGCACACAACGCGCACUGCGAGCAGGACUGCGGCGCAUCCAAGGACCUGCGGUGAUCCUCGACCACACAGUGACCCCCAACCCCGCCACGGCCCUCGAUUCCGCCACCAAAGCCAUUGCUGCUCCGGCCAAAAUUGCUCCGCCCGACCCCGCGGUGACCCCCAACCCCGCCGCCAUUGCCUCUUCCACCGCCAUUACUAAAUUUUCCGCCUCACGAAAAAGGAACAGGCACAGAGCGGUCCCUCCCAGAGGAGAGGAGCCUGGGCCGAAGGCCCCACUCCCAGGCCGAGGAAUUCCCGCCUUCUACUUCCCGCGCGGGCGCCCGGGACAGGGACCGGAUGUGGACGACGUAAUCGCGGAUGUGGAGCGCGCAUUCGCCAGGCUGCCGAGCGGGAGGGCGGGGCUGCAGGAUAUGGGCGUUGUUGCCAAGGCCUGCUGCUGCCCACUCUACUGGAAGGCCCCACUGUUCCUUGCUGCAGGAGGUGGGGCACAGGGCGGCUUUGUGAGCGCACGUGACAUCAUAGGCCUGUGGAAGCCGAUCCUGCUGACCUGCCAUGACGAAGCAGCCCGCUUCGAACGCCUCCUUGGUGGACCAGGGGACGGUGGCCUCAGCCCAGAGGACCUUGCACCCCUCGUGCAGGAUGUUGCAGACUCACAUCCUGGCCUGAGCUUCCUGCGGGAGGCAGAGCCGCUCCGCCGGGAUUAUGUCACCACGGUGACACAGCGUGUCUUCUACGCUGUGAACCGGUCUUGGUCUGGGCGGAUCUCUUGCCAGGAGAUUAGACGAAGCUGCUUCCUGCAGGCCGUGUCCCAGCUGGAGGCGGAACCCAACCCCGGCCGUGCCACACCAUCAUUCUUCUCCUAUCCCCACUUUUGCGUUAUUGUCAGCAAAUUUCAGGCCCUGGAUGCUGAUGGCGACGGCCUGAUUGAUAGGCACGACCUCCGGCGGCAUGCGGAUGGCGCCAUCUCUUCUAGGAUGAUCGACAGGAUCUUCUCAGGCGCAGUGACCCGAGCACGGCCAUCCCCCGAGGGUGGGAAGAUGGGGCUCGCGGACUUCGUGUGGUUCCUGCUGUCGGAGGAGGACAAGACCACGCCCACCAGCACUGAGUACUGGUUCCGCUGCAUGGACCUGGAUGGGGACGGCGUCCUUUCUGCCCCAGAGCUCAGCUUCUUCUAUGAGGAGCAGGCGCAAAACCUGGCAGCCCGGGGGGCGGAGCCUCCGCCCUUCGCUGACCUCACCCGGCAGGCCCUUGACUUGGUGCAGCCACGCUGCCCUGGCCAGAUCACGCUGGGCGACCUGAAGCGCUGCGGCCUGGCGGGCGAGUUCUUUGAUGCCUUUUUCAAUGCUGACAAAUUCCUGGAGCACGAACGGCGGGAGCCGGCAGGGCCUGUGAGGGCCCCGGAUGCCGACCCCACCCUCUCCGACUGGGAUAGGUUCGCUGCAGUGGAGUAUGACUUCCUGCUUGCUGAGGAGGCACAGGAUGAUGACGCGUGGGAGGAGGGGUCUGAAUCCCCGCCCAGCUCCCCGGAUCCCUACGACUUCGCAGAUGACACCCUAGAUCCGCUGUGACGUGCGUGGGCGGGGUCGUGGGACAUACUGUGCACCCUGCCCGGGGUCACACAGGAUCACGCAACUGAGGACUACCUCCUCGGCGGCGGUGAGUUCAAUCGACUGAGGACAACCUCGACACUCCCAUGACAUCCUGUGACCCCACGUGACCUCGCACCCCACUGUGCGCAGAACCGUCGUCUGUAAUUUUUGAAUAAAGAGUUCAACGUUUCCAUGGCCUGCAGUCAGUGUCUCUCCCGGGACCCUCGGUGGGCGGGGCCCGGUUUGUUGAUUGGCACCAGGGCGGGGUAGGUCACAGCGAAGACUUUCGUCCUGGAAGGAUUGACCGCCAGGCUGGCAGGGGUUGCGGGUGACAUCACCAGGGUCAUGGGUGAUUGGUUGAUGGGCGGCGUGCUCUGGACUCUUUCUUUUUUAAAUGUAUAUUAUAUAUUGUAUUCUGUAUUAUAUAUUAUAUAUUGUUUAUUUAUUAUAUAUUGUUAUGUAUUUUAUAUUUAUAUAUGUGUAUAUAUACAUACAUGCAUACAUACAUACAUACAGUCAACCAAUUGUCCCAUUGGACUUUUCUUCUUUUUACUUUUUGUAGUUCAAAAAUGAGAUCGACCAGUUGUCCUUUUGUUAAAAGACACAUAUUAACACUGCCUGCAGACUUUUUGUAAUUAAAGAAAUUAAUAUAUAUGUAUAUGUAAAUUAUAUGUAUAUAUAAUUUUUUUAAAAAAAGUAUGAGGUCGACCAGUUGUCCCUUUUGUUCUAAGCAGAGCAAAAUCAUGAAUCUAUUAAUGUGAUUGUAAACAUAAGGCUGGGUAAAAACUUAAACCUUUGAACGACUGAAGAAUAAAACUAAAACUGACUGGAAAAAAAAA